AUGGCAGAUCCAUUCACCGAAGCAGACGCGGAGUGGUCCGAUGAGGAGGCGUUGAUCCCAAAGGGCCGCCGCAGGUCGCAAUACAUGCCUCAAGCGCUGAAGAUCACAAAAGUUGUAUCGCCGCAACCUUUGCGACCGACAGCAUGGAGAGACCAGUCGUCGGAUUCGAGCAACGAGAGCCCCCUGAGAGACUUUGGCCUCUCCCCUGUCCCGUCACCACUCAUACCUCCCAAAUCCCCUUCGCGGCCAGAGAUCCAACCGGGCAGCCACAGCCAUGAGAAUCUCGUCCAGCGGUUCUACCAAGUCACCAAGGAGCGCGACGCGCUGCGGAAAGAGCUGCAGCGGAAGAGCGUGGGGACCAACAGCCUCCCAGGGAGGGAGUCCGUGGUAUACAAGUCGGAGGAGAAGACCUUGAUAGAAGACCUACACAACCUGCGGUACUCCAUCAGAGAAUGGAGCGAGGAAUAUUUCAGCGGACCCCUUACGUCACGAAGUAAACGACCACACUUGCACUCAGGAAAGGACAUGUUUGGAAAUCUUUCGGACAACUAUUCGCUUUACCUGAAGCACCAGCGGGACCGGCCACUGCUGAUCCAAGCAUACGUCUGGAACCGACUACAGCGGAAGGUUUUCAAUACGUUAGACAAGGGCUGUGGCUACGUAUGGGCGGGCAGGCUGGGCGACAGAAAGAUGCGCUCUCUCAACGACACAUUACGGCAGGCCGUAACCAACGAAGAGCAAGCCGCAGAAUACCACAAAUGGCGAGCCAUGACCGUCAACCUCCUCGUCCCGCAGGUCGAAGACAAAGAGAAUGGCGGAACGAAACUACGACCCACCUUUGACGCCUCACCCAUCCUCAAACGAAUAAAACGAUUCUGCAGCCGCCUGCGCAGCAAACUGCGGCCCUGGUCCACGCAGAGCCUACGACUAGGCAAGGACCGCCUCUAUAGCAUCGUGUCCGCAGCCGUCGCCCUCGAUCUAAAGAUGAAGAGGCAGCGCGCGGAUUACCGCUUCGUGACGUUCACGGGCGGCAAGCCGGACCAAUUGUACGGCUACUCGUACUACGACUCGGAGAUGGAGGACAUCGAAGAGGACAUCAACAAGGCGCGGCGCGUCGAGCUGUCCGUCGCGCCGGCGCUGGAGAGAUGUGGCAACGCGAAUGGCCACAUCUUCGAGAACUCCUUCAUCCUCGUCAAGGCGGACGUGAGCUGUAGACGGCUCGAGAAGAAACGUCCGCCAUCAGCCUCGAAGAAGCAGGCUAACAGCGGCACGAAGUCAGGCGUGCGCUCUGUGAUGAACAUGUGGGAUAAGUACGCAUGA